UGCUUCCACUUCAUCUGAUCUGAUCUGAGCACUUGCAAGACAGUUUCUCCAGAUUUCUUCUGAAUUUACUUUUAUAUUUGCGACUCAAAAUGAGACUUGGAGUCCUGGCGUUUCUGGUUCUGGGCACCUGCUCGUUGAGAGCCUGGUGUUUGCCACUCAAAUCUGUGUUCGUGACGUUUCCUGGAGAUGUGAUCAAGAACAUGACCAACACACAGCUAGCGGAUGAGUAUCUGAAGCGUUACGGCUACAUCGAUGUCCUCCAGAGGAGCGGACUGCAGGCGGUCGUCUCCAAUACUAAAGCUCUGAAGAAGCUCCAGCGGCAGCUCGGUUUGGAGGAGACCGGCUUGCUUGACCAGCCCACCGUUGAUGCCAUGAAGCAGCCCCGCUGUGGCGUGCCGGACAUCCGCAACUACAAGACAUUCGACGGAGACCUGAAGUGGGAUCACACAGAUGUCACAUACAGGAUUUUGAACUAUUCGCCAGACAUGGAAGCCUCUUUGAUCGAUGAUGCUUUUGCCAGAGCUUUUAAAGUUUGGAGUGACGUCACCCCUCUGACGUUCACACGCCUCUUUGACGGCAUUGCUGACAUCAUGAUCUCUUUCGGGAAAGCAGAUCACGGUGAUCCCUACCCCUUUGAUGGAAAAGAUGGGCUGCUGGCUCACGCUUAUCCUCCAGGUGAAGGCACACAGGGAGACGCUCAUUUUGAUGACGAUGAAUACUGGACCCUUGGCUCUGGACCAGCCAUUCAAACCCGCUACGGUAAUGCUGAGGGUGCAAUGUGUCACUUCCCCUUCCUGUUUGAGGGAACAUCCUACUCCACCUGCACCACUGAGGGCCGCACAGAUGGCCUUCCCUGGUGCUCAACCACCGCAGACUAUGACAAGGACAAGAAGUUUGGCUUCUGUCCCAGUGAGCUUCUCUUCACAUUUGACGGGAACAGCAAUGAAGCACCAUGUGUUUUCCCCUUCAUUUUUGAUGGGAAGAAAUAUGAUUCAUGCACUACAGAAGGACGAAAUGACGGAUAUCGCUGGUGCUCCACUACAGCUAACUUUGACACUGAUAAGAAGUAUGGAUUCUGCCCUAACAGAGAUACGGCUGUGAUUGGUGGAAACUCAGAAGGAGAGCCAUGCCAUUUUCCAUUCACCUUCCUGGGAAACACAUACUCAUCCUGCACCAGUGAGGGCCGCAAUGAUGGAAAACUCUGGUGUGGAACUACCAGCAACUAUGAUACUGAUAAAAAAUGGGGAUUUUGCCCUGAUCGUGGAUACAGUCUGUUUCUGGUGGCUGCUCAUGAGUUUGGACAUGCUCUUGGUUUGGAUCACUCCAACAUUAAAGAUGCCCUGAUGUAUCCCAUGUACAAAUACGUGGAGGGUUUCCCCCUGCAUCGUGACGAUAUUGAUGGCAUUCAGUAUCUCUAUGGACCUAGAACUGGCCCUGAACCCACUGCUCCUCAACCACGGACCACCACUUCCUCUCCAGUUGUGCCAACGAAACCUUCUCCAAGUGACAAAACAACCACUGCUUCCACCACAACUCAGGUGGUCCCUUCAGACGAUGCCUGCCAAAUCAAGGAGUUUGACGCCAUCACUGAAAUCCAGAAGGAGCUUCACUUCUUCAAGGACGGGCGCUACUGGAAGAUCUCAGGCAAUGGUGAACGCAAAGGUCCUUUCAUGAUCUCUGCGAAGUGGCCUGCUCUCCCAGCUGUCAUCAACUCUGCCUUUGAGGACCACCUCACCAAAAAGAUCUACUUCUUCUCAGAGAGACAGUUCUGGGUUUACAGUGGAAAUGAUGUGCUUGGACCACGUAAAAUCGAGAAGCUCGGCCUACCAAGCGACUUGGACAAAGUGGAAGGAUCUAUGCAGAGAGGAAAAGGCAAGGUGCUCCUGUUUAAUGGAGAAAACUUCUGGAGACUUGAUGUAAAGGCUCAGCUGAUUGACAGAGGAUACCCUCGAUUCACUGAUGCAGCUUUCGGUGGAGUGCCCGUUGAUUCACAUGAUGUAUUCCUCUACAAGGGAUUCUUCUACUUCUGCCGGGAGAGCUUCUACUGGAGAAUGAAUGCCAAACGGCAGGUUGACCGAGUCGGUUAUGUGAAGUACGACCUCCUGAAAUGCAGUGACAUUCAUUCUCUAUAGACCUUCGACAUCCUAAUCUGAUGACAGAGCCCUUUUUUAACAGGGAAACCGUUUCUCUUCAGUGUAAAAUGUAGCGAGGAAGACACAGACAGAAUGUAUUAAAUUUCAAGUGUCUGUUAAAGGGAUUUUGACUUUAACUGUUAUAGGAAAAGAACAGUUUUAACACUGAAAUUAUCAUAGGCACAUGAGACGGGAUGUUAGGCAUAUUUGUCCGUCAGCUUUACCAUGGUCUUAUAAUUUAUUAUUUCAGCUUCCCACAUAACUGCUUUGGUCAUGAUGGGUUUCCUAAUGGCACAUUAUUGUAGAAAACGAGGCAAAGCCCGUUUGACUUUAGGAAUUAACUUUGUGCUUGUAAAUGUGUGAGUGGAGUCUCCGCAGGAAUGUUGUAGCCGAUUUGUUGUGAACAAAGCACCCGUAUUCUGCAUUGACCCCAUUCAGAUGUUUUUGAAUGCAAAGGUUUAUUUUUAGCCUUAGAGCUAAUGAUGGGGAUUGCAGAUUUUGCCAUAUUGUGAAAUCAUUUGCCUGGUGUAAAUGAUAUUAUUAAUAUUAUUAAUUUAAUGUUCAACCUUCCACUUAUUUAUAUUUUUAUGUUUGUUGCAGUGUUUGUUUACUUAAUAAAUUUGUAAACAAGAUCCUUUAA